UGUAGUCCUGAGAAUUUGAGUAAAAGAACAUGGCUGCGUGAAAUUAAACUAAAUUAUUGAAGGUGUUACGAUUUAUUAAUUGGUGAAUGUGAAAAACUUGUACAGUGUUUUGUCGAUGGUGUUUUUCAUAACGUGAAAUAACCACUAGCCACCAUGGCGUAUCACUGUCCGAGGGAUUUGGACGGCUUUAUGCCACUGUUGUCCAAACCGGAUACAAGGUUCCGGCAGCAGGUCGGCACUGACUUGUUGGCCUACCUCGCAGAACCCUCCAAUCCUAUCGUUUGUCAGGACAUUGGGCAAUUCAUCGAUGAACUGAUUCCAUGGAUGCAAAGCAGCAAUUAUAAAGUUUCGAGCAAUGGCAUCGAGGUAAUGACAUAUCUGAUCGAUCGAUUGGGCACAGAUUUUAGGCCGUACCAGCAGAACGUACUGCAGAACGUGAUCGAUCGUUUGGGCGACGCCAAGGACACGGUGCGAGAAAAAGCUCAAUUACUCAUACUUAAGUUACUGGAGAGGAACGUGCUAGCGCCCCAGGCCCUCCUCGAAAAACUCACGCCGGGCUUCACGCACAAAAAUGCCAAGAUCAGGGAGGAAAUUCUGAGGUGUCUCGUGAACGUGCUGAACGAGCACGGGGCCCACAGCUUAACGUUGAGCAAGUUCAUACCGGACAUAGUGAAACUACUGUCGGACCCCGCGUCCUCGGUGCGAGACACCGCCUUCUCCACUCUGGUGGAUCUGUACAGACACGUGGGCGAGAAGCUUCGUGUCGAUCUGCAGAAGAGGAACUUGGUGCCGCAGGCCAAGUGGCCGACGCUAUCGGCACGCUUCGACGAGGCCCGGGCGAACGGUGAGCUGCUCCAGUCGGCGGCUGCAACGACUUCUAAAUUCGACGUGGAUCAAGUAGACAACAUGGCCAAAAGUAUACCAAUAAAGAAACCGUUGAUUGGCAGCUCUGCCAAACAGCGUGUGAUACCUCAAAAUAGUACAAACGCUGUUCUAAGCAGAGUUGGUUCAGUGAGAAAACUGUGCCUUUCAACAUCUGGUGCUGUAGACGAAGAGUCAUUUGUAAGAGCUUUUGAGGAAACGCCGACAAUUCAAAUAUUUUCAUCCAAAGAAAUCUCUGAACAUCUGAAAAGUAUACAGGAUAUAAUAUCUGAUCCCAACAAAGAUUGGAAUAAAAGGGCCGACGCUUUAAAGAAAAUUAGAUCGCUAGUAAUGGCUGGCGCAACAAACUACGACGAAUUCCAUACGGGUCUGAAGUCCUUGGAGAUUCCCUUGCAGGGCACGAUCAAGGAUCUAAGGUCGCAGGUGGUGCGCGAAGCAUGCAUCACGAUAGCCUUUUUGGCCCUCAAACUCGGCAACAAGUUCGACAAGGCUGCGGAAUUGUUGCUUCAACCACUCAUAAAUCUUAUUCAAAACUCCGCCAAGGUAAUGGCUACUGCCGGUCAGGUGACCGUGCGAUUCAUCAUCCAAAACACACACAGUCCCCGCUUGAUACAACCGAUCACCAGCAACGCUAUGACUUCUAAAAGCAAAGAUAUACGACGCAGCUGUUGCGAAUUUAUCGAACUCAUGUUGACCACGUGGCCGACACAUCCUCUUGAAAGGCAUGUGGCGGCCCUACAAGAAGCAGUGAAGAAAGGUAUCGCGGACGCCGAUUCUGAAGCCAGAGUCAUUUCCAGACGGGCGUUCAAAGGAUUUAAAGAUCAUUUCCCAGAAAACGCUGAAGUUUUACUACAAAGCUUGGAUCCGUCUCACAGAAGGGCAGUUCAAGGAGAUACCAUGUCCAACAGUUCGUCAAACAACAAUCUGGCGUCGACUGGAUUUAAGACACCCAGAAUUCAUUCGAGAACUGCAUCACACAGCGCAACAGGGAGUACAGAAAAUUUGUCUAGUGCCAGUGGAGGUCUUCAAAGAGCUCCUUCCUUACCUCGAAGUUAUAGACAACGUAGCGGUAUUCCUGUACUCACUAGAGACAAUUCAGGACGGAAAGCAGGCUUCAGAAGCAACUCGGCCAUCGAUCUUCAGGCGGCCCAAAGGGCGAAGGCUAGAGUUCAAUACGCCCAAAUGGCAAGGAACAAGAUUAGUUCGGGAACAGCCAGUCUUCAGGGAGAGGUAGCUCAACAAGCUCGACCGAGAAAAGCGUCUGACGCCAUGGUUACAGCCUCCCCGGAAAGAAUAGGCAGAACAAGAAACAGGAGUUCACAAUCGCAACCUACCAGUCGAUCGGGGUCGCCCAGUUCUCGCCUCGCCUACCUGUACAACCGCAGCACCGAACAUGAGUCGCCGCGUACGCGACGCCUGUCCUCGGGCAUACCGCGUUCGACGCAGGGAUCACGAGACACGUCUCGCGAAACCAGUCCCAACAGGGGCGGCAACAUCACAAUGCGUUACAGGCGAGGCGGCGAUCGUCCUCCCAUCAGUCCCGCCUCGAAGCCUGUGUUGGCCCAGAAGAUAUUGCAGCAGAGCAGAGAGGCCGAGAAUGCUCUUGCCGACGUGCUGAAUGACUCUUCAAGCAUGGAACACUACAGGACCACGCGAAAGCCCCUGAGGCUGGAGAACCAUUCGGACGAAUCGGAGACCUCUAGUGUUUGUUCUGAGCGGUCGUUCGACUCGUUCAAGAGACCUACUGAUUCAUACUCAUGGAGCGGUUCCCAGUCAAGACUGUGUAGCAGGGACUUAUGGGAGCCCUGCCGUGAUAUCAACGAAAUCAUAGUGCUGUGUAAUAGUACGAACUGGCAAGAGAGAAAAGACGGCCUCCUCUCCUUACAAUAUUAUCUCAGCAACGAGAUGCGCUUAACGCCGGGCGAAUUGAAACAUCUCACCGAAAUUUUUACCAGGAUGUUCAUGGACUCCCACACGAAAGGACUAAGUGUAUUUCUAGACACAGUCCUCGAAGUAAUAAGGGUACAUAAAAACGAAAUGCACUACUGGGUCUAUGUACUGUUGCAAAGAGUUUUUGUGAAAAUAGGGACCGAAACUCUGAACUCCCUUCAGAACAAGCUCAUGAUGACACUGGAAGUUAUACGAACGAGCUUUCCCACACCCCUAUUACUUAAUAACGUGUAUAGGUUCAUAAUGGACGCCACUCAGACCCCCAACAGUAAAGUAAAAUGUGUAGUGCUUAACUUCUUGACGUCUAUCUGCAAUCACGCCGACAGCAGCUCCUUCACUUCGUCACCGGUGACGCUGCAGAAAAUCAUUAGCUUUGCACAAGACACUAAGUCAAUGGAAAUCAGAUGUGCCGCAAAAUUAUGCUUGGUGGCCAUGUGGAAUUGUAGCACGCCCCAGAUGAUCAUGACCCUGAGCGAAUUGCCUAAGGAACAACAGGAAAUCGUGUCGAAUAUCGUGCACAGUCAUAUGAGGAAAAGUUCGACGGGCAGCGAGCCCACAAGUCCUCUGGUUGCCAGCAGUCCGAAAGCUCUAUCGCCCGGUAUAUCGCCCAUGCGCGACGGCGUGGACCAGGAGGAGAUCUACAGGAGCUUGAGAAAGACCACCGCCGAAAUACAGAAUUACAGUUACGAAACGUUAGGCUCAAAAUUGGACAGGGACCGAGAUACAACGUCGCAGGACUCGGGUAUUUCGCAGAUGUCUUUGGGCAACGAUGUUAAGAACGAUGUGGGAACUAUUGAAGAAAGGAUGGAGGAACUAACCAUAAAAGGUAGUCUUGCCGCUUCUAGGACGGGACCUAGAUCAUUACCCUACAACAACGUAAACGGUGUUUCUGAAACUGAUUCGAAUGGUUUCAGAAGUUUAGGAGACUUGAAAGAAUCCGAUGUAGUUUCCACAAUAUUAGAGUAUUGUUUGGUUGAAGUUCCGAAUCCAGUGGAAGAAAAGCGUCAGGUGUUAUCUCAAUUAAUAGAUCUUAUAAAGCAAGGGCAGACGGAACAUGUAAUAAGUAAUUUUAAGAAAUUGUUGCGAGUUUUAAUUGAUAAUCUCAAUGGGUCAGACAUGCAGAUUCAGAUAAUAGUCCUUCAAAUAUUGGCGGCUAUAUUCCAGUCUGAGUCGUUGAAGCAAUGCUGGAUGAAUUACGUAGAAUUGUUAACGUUAAGAGUACUUCAGGCACAUUGUAAUGAAAAGCGAGAUGUUGUCAAAGUGGCGGAAACAACAGCAGCAGCGAUGAGUGUAUUUCCUUUCAAUACUGUGGUGAAUACUUUGGGCCCAUUAAUCAGGACCGAUCCCUAUCCUUCGGUGUUAGGGGCCAUAAAAAUGCUAACCAAAUUGAUCGAGUAUAACCCGAAUGAGGUUACCGACGACCACUUGGAAGCUAUCAUGCCCGGACUUAUUAAAGGUACUGAUCAUCAAGAGAGUCCCGUGCGAAAGAGUUGCAUAUUUUGUAUGGUGGCCAUCCACAAGGCGGUGGGUGAGGAGCGGCUGUUACGUUUCAUCAAUCAGUUGACCGGUAGCAAGAUCAAAUUGUUGCGGUUGUACAUUGGGCGUUCGCAGCAAAACACUUCGGUACCCACGAGUCCCAAGAACACGGGAAACAGCUAGUCCAUUGUAUCGGAGUAAACACGUGUCUAGAGACUUCUUCCAUUAAGGUUCGUUGACGGUCGUCAUACUGGAAAAGCUUUUAGCCACCACCUUUCACUCGGUUUUAAUAAGUUAUUUAUUUUUAUUGUCUAUUGACAUACUAACGUGGUUUUUAUUAAGUAGGACUUUUCUAAUGUGAAUCUGAUAAUGUGAAGAUAUUGAAACAUAUUUUUAGACGCUGUUAAAAAUGAUUAAUUAAUAUGCACUGAUUUUUAGUGCCAUUUGUAUAGAGCAAAAAACCCUUCCUUCCUGUUAUUUUAUUUUAAAACAGGAUUUUCUCCACCAAUGUUUUAGUUAUUUUGAGAGAUAAUUACAGUACGCGAAAUAUGUAGCACAUCUGAAUUUUUUUAUUUUCACAAAGUAUUUAUUGUCUUAUGAAUUGGAAUAAACUUCUAAUUAAAUAUAACGGUUUGCACAUAAAUAUUUUGUUAAUCCAUUUACUGAAAAUGAAUAAUGAUCGAGAUAUGCAUUUUCUUGCGGAAUACCGCAAACCAUACCUGUAAGAAAUAUAACAUUUGUUAAGAGAAAUAUUUUGGCUGUAAUAAAAAUCAGAUUUUACGUAUCCCUGUUAAACUAAAGUUUUUUAACAUAAAAAUGUUAAAUCUCAAUGUAUUAUAUUUGCCUGUUUAAAUUUUAAACUUUAUAAUUGUUGAUUAUUUGUUUAAUUUAUUAUUUACACGAUAUUUUACUAAAUAACGCAUGAUAUUGUUCUACAAAAAAUAUUAAACUAAAAUUUAUGCAGGUAUUAUAUAUAAAAUGAACUAGAAUAAAGCGACGUGUUUUGUAACAUAUACAUUUUCAUGUUAUUAUUUUUUUUUUGAGUGGAUAUAUUUUUAUUUUAUUAAUGACAUGCCCAAUUACCAUAAAAUUGAAACAUUUCACACCUUAAAUCAUAUAUUAAGAUGUAUUUAUUUUCUGUAUGUUUGGCAAAUUUACUCAGUGUUCUUGAUACAUAUGUGAUUUUUUAAAUUUGUCCUCCUAGUCAGCUAGUAACAUCAAAAUUAUUCCUCUGUAAGUGAAAUUGUUUUUGCUAUGCAUAGAUUUUGUUGUAUAUACUUCAAUUUUGAUGUUUUAUGGUUGUAUAAUGGUUAUAAAGAGGUUAAACUAUGAAUGUUUUUUAUUGAUCUGUUUGUUUUGUAUGAAUGUAUUACUGAUAAAUUUAAGUUGGUCAUUUGAAUGUUGUCGAUUUUUCUCUUGCACACUUUGAAAAGUCAUCAUGAUGAAUAUGCAAUUGCUUGCGCACUUUGUUUCAAUAUCAUCAUGAUGAUUGCUGUAUUACUAAAGUUUUCAUAGUAGUAAAAGCGAAUGCGAAUUUUUUAUAGAACAAAUUUAUAAUAGCUUGAGAAUAACAUUUUAUAUGCCAAAUAAAUAUUAAUGAUAACCUAUGUGCUAUAACAUUUUUUAAUAUGUAUUACUUGACUGUAUAUAAACUAGAUGUAUUUAGAGAAUUAAAUAGUGUAUAUGGUAUUAAAACAUUGUAAUGCUAGCUUUUUCAUGUAGGUUAUUAUUUGCUAAUAUGUAUUAACUGUUCUGUAUGUAAUUACUUUAUUGUAAUAAAUUAAUUCAAAAUAAAA